AUGGCGACUCCAAAUGACCCUGUAAAUGGCGGAGGGGCAACAGACUGGCCAUCGAAACCACCAACAUUAUUUUCAUGCAUGGCAAAUGUGGAGUGCAUAUACCGUGCUCCACCGCCGCGUCGUCGCAAAAGGGACCGAGAGACCAAUGGGAGUUUGUUUCAAGAGCGCAGAAAGGCUCUCAAACGCCGCCCGGACAUUGGCUCUACCACUCACCAUCACCCUGCUGGGGAAGACCACCGGACUGAUGCAGGGAAAGGUGGAUCUGGGAGGAUGAUCAUAAAAGAUGGCAAUUCCAUCUAUAUCGACAACAAUCUUUGGGCGAGUGUCAGCAAUGAGCUGUCGAAUGCAGCAGACGUACUGGGCGAUGUAUCGGAUACUGGUACCGAUGACUUCGCCCAGGACGUGAACGACGAUUAUACAAUACUCUCAACUUCCGCAACCAAACAUGUUCUCACCGGACUCCACCCAAAUCCCCUGAAUAUCUUCAAGUUAUGGCAGGCAUUUCUCGAGAAUGUGAACCCACUCACCAAAAUCAUACAUGCUCCAACUGUACAACAACAAAUUUUGGAAGCUACGAGUGACCUCCCAAAAGAAGAAGAUGUGAAAAAAUUGUUCGGAGAAAGCAAAAAAGCCCUGUUAUCGAAGAGCAGACGAGGCGCCCAGCUCGCUUUUAGGAACGCAACUCUUCUUCGUACAUCGAGUUCAGUGGUGCUUCAAGCUUUCAUGCUAUACCUGCUUUGUAUGCGCGCCUUCUCUGACCCACAUACUAUCUGGACACUGUGUGGCAUUGCAACACGAAUUGCGCAGCGAAUUGGGAUCCAUCGUGACGGGUCUGGACAUGGGCUUUCAAUAUUCGAGACUGAGAUGCGUCGUCGUAUCUGGUUCCAGCUCGUGAUCAUAGAUGCCACGUCAGCACAGUUCUGUGGUGUAGCAUCAACGCCGCUUCCAGCUACAAUUGACGUUCAACCACCGAUGAAUGCGAAUGAUAGCGAUCUUGAUCCGCGAAUGACCGAGCCAGCCUGUGAGAAGCCAGGUUCGACGGAGAUGAUUUUUGUCCUGGCUCGGAGCGGCUUUGGAAAAUGGCUCCACCGUCUAUCAAAGAAGGUCGAGGGAUCCAAAGUCAAACUAUGGGACUUUUUAUCAUCAUCGUCAAUGUCCUUGGUUGAUAAGGAUAAGGCAAUUGAUGAGCUUGAAACAUACUUGGAAGAAAAUUUCAUUAGACAUUGUGAUAAAUCCAUUCCACUGCACAUGGCAACCGAAACCAUGGCACGUUCGGCCAUAUACUAUACCCGAUUUAUGGCACACCAUCCUCGUCAAUACCAGGACCCCAAUACUCGCAUCUCUCAGGCUGAGAAAGAUGUCAUUUUCGAGUAUUCCCUCAAGAUGAUAGAGUAUGCUGAUUAUGCCCAAAGCAAUUCCGUUGUACAGAAAUUCUCGUGGCACAUGGUGAAUCAUAUGCCGUGGGACGCCAUAAUCUUCAUGCUCUCGGAGAUGCAACAUCGGGCCGAUCCUGAAGAAAAGAGCAAAGUCUGGCAAUUGAUCGGAAGGGUGUAUUUGGUAUAUUCCGGGCAUAUUAGGGAUAUGGGCAAAAAGGAUCCAACGCCUCUUCACAUGGCCAUACAAAACUUGAUUCUGAAGGCCUGGUGGGCUUAUAUUGAGGAGUGCAAUCUCAACCACCGCAUACCGACCCCUUGUCCAACCAUUGUCACAUCAUUGAUUGCAACCAUGCCAGAUAAUUCUCGUCCACAAUCGGAGAGAAACGACCAAGUUAUUGCGCUCUGUGAGGGUUCAAAAGAUCACCUCAGCCACGGCAUUUCGAUCUCACAAUUCGCACCAGAGGCCGACAAUUUGGAGUUUUCACACGGUGACAGCCCGAAAGACUGGAAUGACUGGGACAAUCUUCUCGCUCACUUCCAGGAUUCCCUGGCAAAUGAUACAAUGCAUCUGUCGUGA